GAGGUGAAGGAACGUGCUGACUCCCAAUGUAGCAUGCCUCGAACCCGUAGGUGGUUUUCUCCAGAUCACAUUUUGUUGCCGUCCUCAUCGCAGCUCUCUGCACCUGGAGAUGCCUUGGUUUGUGUCUCUUCCACCAGUGUAGGAGAUGGCCAGCUCAAGAUUAAGCUUGAAAAUGAGUUCUUUGACAAGCAGAGCAUGGAAACAGAGAAAAGAAUCUUGGCCUGGAAGGAUAAGAAACAGAAGGUGCCAGAGUGCAGAGUCAGUCCUCAAGAACCAGUACUGUCAAGCCUCAGACUGGAGGAUUAUUCAGACCUUCGUACUCUCAUCAGAGCUGCUGUUAUCAAGCAUCCUUUGAUUGACAUUGAAUCGGACAAGUUUACUCGACCUUAUUGUGCACAGUCCUGGGAACAGUGGGUGUCUUGGAAUGUUGGCAAACAGCGAGCUGCAGAGUGGACAAGGGCAGCAACAGUUCGAAAAUACAUUCAACGUCAACUUGGGGCUGAGAAUAAAUUUAAAGGGGAACAGCUAUGGACUACCCGGCACAUAAUGCAGUGGUGUCGUUUGUAUGGCCAAAGCCCACAUCAGCCAGGCGGUCAGAUUGUUUCAUCACAGACAUGUGAAUGGAUGAGUGAAGAAGAGGAUAAGGAACAAGAUCUUGUAGCCAGGAAGUUUUCCACACUUUCUACACCAAUAGGAUUGCUUACAAAGGUUGUAGAGGAGGUCCCUGACUCUGAUAGUGACGAUGCAUCAGAAAUUGAUAUUGUUUCCACAGUUGCUCCUAAAACAAAAGUGAAAAUUAAGAAAGCCCAAGGAGAAGAUCUAUCAGGAACAGAAAUAUUCCCACCUUCGGAAGAAGCGACCUUUGUGCAACAGACUGCAGCAAAGAUUGGUGUGAAGUUUUUGCCAACACUGAUGCAGCCCAAUGUGAUGACACACACUUGUGAAGAUAUGAUCUAUGCAGCCAUGCUUGAAUUUUCCAGUGAAAUUUUAAGUGAUGCCUGUGCAGCCCAUGUUUCAUCAGACAAGCCACUACACACUCUGACAGUUCCUGAUGUUUACCAGGCCUUGGUUCACAUGCCUUUUUCAGCCUUGUUUACCAACGAACACUUGGGUUCUCAGGAAGAGAUCUCCUCUUGUAACAGAUGAUGGUGCUUUUUCUAGUUUUCAUGUUCUUUAGCCAUGCAAAACAUUAUCUAUGCAGACAGAUUUCAAUUAUUCUCCCACUGUUGUUCCCUGUGAAUCAUCCUGGAAAGACUGCUCAGCAACAGAGUGGUGCUCUUCUGUCAUGCUUGAAAAGAGAAAAGGGUCAAAACAGGAGACAGCUAACAAGCCAUGACCAAAAAUGUCUGACGAAUUCAUUCCAUCAAACUUUGCCAAGCUGGUGCCAACAGGGAAGUGAAAGCCUUAUCUGACAUGGUCUAAGUAAAUACUGAUGUGAAGUUAUUCACCUGAGAACCACUGUUAGUCGGGUGACUUUUAACUGACAUUUAGUAAUAUGGCUUAAAGAAACAGAAAAAAACAGAUUUAGUUUUUAGAAAAUAUGUAAUGAAAGCUUGUCUAGUCCAAAUGAGAAUGAAAGCCUGUGGUCUGUAUGACCAUGAAAGAAUUUGGCCCAAUCAGAAAAUAAUAGAGCUCUGGAGAAAGAAACGAUUUUGAGUUUUGCAAGUGACAGUAGACAUUCCUUUCUUCCGGCACUGUUUGCUUAAAUGCACCAGUUUGUUUCACAAAGCAGCUCUGUUUUCCUUGAAAUGCAGUUAGUAUGGAGGUGCUAGAAUCCGGAGAAGUAUACUUAAAUUUCCCAGCACUUUCUGUUUCUUGUUUCCAUAUUGUCUUUCAAGUUCUCUUAUCUGCCUGACUAUCUGCUAUUGAACUUACUUUAUGUCAUUAUAUGAAGUAUACUGUAUAUUUCCAUAUUUCUGUCAGCAGUUUUGAGAGAAAGUUUUUUUUGUGCUUUUUUUUUUUUUUUGGUAAAUGCAACUUCUGUGUAUUUAUAAUGUUGACCAUAUUGAGUGUAUUUAUACGAAAACACAGCUGCUUUCUGCGUACAUGAAAGAGGGAGAAGAGAGAAAAAGGUCUGUGUAUGUGUGUGUAGUCACGUAGUGGGUCUGUGUGUGCAUGCAAACAUACACUUUUGGAGGGAGCUAAAAAAAGGAUUUGCUUGUGUAAUGUUUACAGAAAAAUGAUCAAUAUCCACAUAGGAAUAUCAUUACAUUGGUUAGGCAGCAAGUAGCUAACUACAAUUGUGUAUGUGGGGAUACUUUACAUUAUUGCUGAAAUGAAAACUUGGUCUUCAUCAGUGUGUUAGAUAUGCAGUGCAUGUCUCAGUUCAUGUGCAUGAAUGCUAAUGAACCCUAGAAAUGGAGGGGGAGAGAAAAAAUGCAAUAUAAAAACACAGGUUGUAAGGAAUGACAAUGUUUUUUUAAAAAUGCAAGGUCCCUGGUGGAUUUGUUAGUUAAGGAGUGGUUGUACAUAUUAAAAGUUAUGUGUCACAGGGAAAUGUAAGAGAGAGGAAACUGUC